GGAAUUGCUUAAACCAUUUGAUCCUGAAAGAUGAGAUGAAAUGGCUAUGACUUAACGAGGCAUUGAGCCCCUGGACUCCAGGAGUUGAUAUGAUUCCUUUGGGAAAUAGCCACCAAAAAAAGCAGAUAAGAAAGCACUGCCAAUAUAAUAAAUGUCAGGAAAGAAAUAAACAAGGAGCUGAGAGCUUGAGCAGUAGAGAAACACUUGUUGGAUAAAGCGGUCAGGGAGAAACACCACAGCAAAAGAAGGUCCUCAUGCAAAAAAGAGGUAGGUUGUAUGGAGCUGUUGAAACCCAGAGGCAAAGAAUGGCUUCAGCUGAGGCUGCAGAGCAAGGCAAGCAGCAAAGAAGACCAGCUGUCCUAGACCAAGGUACUUGAGGAAAAAAAAAAAACAGUCUCAACCAUGAACAGGCUAUCCAUCACUACCAACUAUAGAUGACCUGCCAUUUCAUUUACCAAGAUGUCUUCUGCUGCUGGAAAUGGAGGUGCAACACCUGCAAGGCAAAAUGAAGAAAAAACCUACAAGAAGACUGCAUCAUCUGCUAUCAAAGGUGCUAUUCAGCUGGGAAUAGGGUACACGGUGGGCAACCUCACUUCUAAGCCGGAACGAGACGUUCUCAUGCAAGACUUUUAUGUGGUGGAAAGCGUGUUCCUGCCCAGUGAGGGAAGCAAUCUGACCCCUGCACAUCACUUCCCAGACUUCCGAUUCAAGACAUACGCUCCACUGGCCUUCCGCUACUUCAGAGAACUUUUCGGUAUCAAGCCUGAUGAUUACUUGUAUUCCAUCUGUAGUGAGCCUCUGUUAGAACUGUCCAACCCUGGGGCCAGUGGCUCCUUGUUCUUCGUGACCAGCGAUGAUGAAUUUAUCAUCAAAACAGUUCAGCACAAAGAAGCUGAGUUUCUCCAGAAGCUCCUGCCAGGAUAUUACAUGAAUUUAAAUCAGAACCCAAGGACGCUGUUGCCAAAAUUUUAUGGACUGUACUGCAUGCAGUCCGGGGGCAUCAACAUCCGGAUCGUGGUCAUGAACAACGUGCUGCCCCGUGCCAUGAGAAUGCACUUCACCUACGACUUGAAAGGCUCGACUUACAAGCGCAGAGCAUCCCGGAAAGAGAGAGAGAAAUCCAACCCUACCUUUAAGGACUUGGAUUUCCUGCAGGACAUGCACGAAGGCCUGUAUUUCGACACAGAAACAUACAACGCACUCAUGAAAACACUGCAGAGAGACUGCCGGGUGCUAGAAAGUUUCAAGAUCAUGGACUACAGCCUUUUGCUGGGGAUCCACAUCUUGGAUCAUUGCCUUAAAGAGAGAGAAGAGGAGACCUCCCCAAAUGUGCCUGAUGCUAAACGGCCCGGCACACAGAAGGUCCUCUACUCAACAGCCAUGGAAUCCAUCCAGGGUCCGGGGAAGACUGGGGACGGCAUCACCACAGAGAACCCUGACUCAAUGGGAGGCAUUCCAGCUAAAAGCCAUAAGGGAGAAAAGCUACUUUUAUUUAUGGGCAUCAUUGAUAUUCUCCAAUCAUAUAGGUUAAUGAAGAAGUUAGAACAUUCUUGGAAAGCUCUUGUUUAUGAUGGGGACACUGUUUCUGUUCAUAGACCAAGUUUUUAUGCAGACAGAUUCCUUAAGUUUAUGAAUUCCAGGGUUUUCAAGAAGAUCCAAGCUUUAAAGGCAUCACCUUCUAAAAAGCGGUGCAAUUCCAUCGCUGCCUUCAAGGCCACCUCACAGGAGAUUGUGUCCUCCAUUAGCCAGGAGUGGAAGGAUGAGAAACGAGAUUUGCUGACUGAAGGACAAAGUUUUAGUAGCCUUGAUGAAGAAGCCCUGGGCUCCCGACACCGGCCAGACCUGGUGCCCAGCACUCCAUCGCUGUUUGAAGCUGCUUCCUUGGCCACCACAAUUUCUUCUUCUUCAUUGUACGUCAACGAGCAGCACACACAUGACAGGACUGCACUUUACUCAAACAGUAAAGGGUUAGCUUCCAGUUCAACCUUUACCCUGGAGGAGGGGACCAUCUACCUGAGCGCCGAGCCAGACACUGUGGAGCUGCCGGAAGACAGUGCCUCUGUACUGGAUGUGUACUUGAGUUGCCGGCUCCUGCGCCUCCGCCAGAUCCUGGUCAUGAAGGAACACCGGGUCUGUCUGACAACUGUGAGGACAUCCGGAACGUCGGGCGGCCCUGGCUCUCUGGACGAGACUACAUAUGAACGGCUGGCGGAGGAGACGCUGGAUUCCUUGGCGGAGUUCUUUGAAGACCUGGCAGACAAGCCUUAUACCCUCAAGGACUACGAUGUCUCCUUUGGGGGUGGAGUCCUGACGAUCCACCUGGGUGGAGAUCUGGGCACCUACGUGAUCAACAAGCAGAGCCCCAACAGGCAGAUCUGGUUGUCCUCUCCGUCCAGGUGCGUCCAGAGUGGGCCCAAGCGCUACGACUGGACAGGAAAGAACUGGGUGUACUCUCACGAUGGUGUCUCCCUCCACCAGCUGCUGGCCACGGAGCUGACUGAAGCCUUAAAGACGAAGCUGGACUUGUCUGCCCUGGCCUAUUCUGGAAAGGGCAGUUGAUGCCCAGCCCAGGGUUAAAGACAUGGAAUGCCAUCGGGUGUGGCCUCUGCCUUCCUUUGCAGCUGAGCCUCCGGUCCUCUCCAGCUAGCCUUGGAGGACAGUUGUGCUGUGUGUCAUCGCACCAAGGGAAGAUGACGCUGCCUUCCACCCUGCAGGCUCGUUUCUUAAUCUCUGCAAAGAUCUUCCAUCCAUGUCUCACUCCCUCCCUCAUGGGCUAGAUUCCAUGCUGGACUGUGUCUUGUACCCAUCCCUUUACACCACCGUCUGAGAACAGGAAAACACUGCCUGAGGAGAAACAGGCAGGUGUCACUUCUCAUUUGAAGAAUUUAUUGUAGCAGCUACACAGAGAACAAUGCAGGGACCUCACCCUGCUGUCUUAAGACUCAUUAAAGAUAGCCUGCAAAUGU